AUGAAAAGAAGAAAAACAACACCUUUUAAUGGAAUUAUUUCAAAAAGAUAUUCGAAAGAUUUAGAAAAUUAUGUCAAAGAUAAUGCUGAAAAAUUUAGAAUACGUAAGAAUGGAAGCUUCGAAUCUAACGUCAAAGGAAGACUUGUAAAGAAUAGUAAUUUCACUGAAGUGCUCGAAUAUGUACAAGGUGAUAUAUCGUCACCUCCUAAAGGUUUUAGUUUUCUAUUUAAUCGAUUAUCCAAAGACCCAUUAGUAAAAGAAAUGAUCAAAGAGACGCAAGGAGAAAGUAGUACAGAGGAAAGGUCUGGAAGUCAAUCAGGUAGUGGGAAAAGUAAGAAAAGAGUUUUGGUAAAAGUCCUGCCUAUAAAAAAGAAAAAUAAAUUUAUUCCUCAAAUAUGGGAAAAGCUUUAGAUAAUUUUUUAUCAAAAAUAUAUUAUUCGCUAAAUUCUCCUGCUUCCUAUGCAGGAAUACAUCGUGUUUAUGAAGAAGCUAAGCUCAAAUAUCCAAAGUUAAAAUAUCAGGACGUCUAUAAUUUUUUGCAUAAGCAAAGAGUGUAUACGAUGCAUCGACCAAUUAGAAAAAAAUUUCCCAGAUUAGUUACAAGGCCAAGUGGUCUUCAUACAGAUUGGCAAGCAGAUUUGGCCAUAUUUGAUCAGAUAUCUAAACAUAAUGAUAAUAACAGAUACCUUUUAGUAUGUAUUGAUGUUCUAAGUCGGAAGAUUUUUGUAGCGCCCGUCAAAACUAAGAGAUCAGAAGAUAUGAUUGAAGCAUUUGAAAAAGUUUUCAAACUUUCAGAUGGUAUCUUGCCUCAUAAAUUGUAUACUGAUCGAGGAUUAGAAUUUGAGGCUAAAAGAAUGAGG